AUGGCCGACCAUCUCGCGUCAACGCCGCUCACUGCCAAAAGGAUCGGGGUCGCACGCAGCCGAAGUGUGAGCUCGCCUCCAUCAUAUCCUCGGAUCCCUCGCCGAUCCUCUUCGCUAUCCACGAGCGUCCACAGCAUCAACCUAGAUGAUCAGGCUUCCUCAACGAGGACACCUUCCUUAGGUGCCACGUCUCAUAUUGAAGUUGCAAGAAAGAGGCAGCAUGAACGAGGCUACACACCGGCAACGAGUAAUAUUCAGUACAGCUCAAUGGAUGAUCCAUUCAACGAUUCGAUGGCCCCGGAUACCCCUACCAAGUUCAAAACGCUGGACAAGAAACUCAAGCGUCAGAAGUCCCAUAUCUUGACAACCCGAUGGAGCUCUGGGUCGUACACGGCUUCGCUACCAGACCUGCUCAUGGGUACAGAUACUUCAUCUGUUGAGAUGAAUCCUCCCCCAGAAAUAACACAGUCUUCGAAAGGACAUCAGCCCCGGGAGAACUCGCAGUACAUCUGUCCGAUGGAUUUGCCUGUCGCUUUUCUUGAUGUAGAAAUGACCAUGAACAGAUCACAAAUCGGCUUCGGGGCAGAACGUUUGCAGGCUUCGAUCCAUGUCUCCGGCGAUGUCACCUCUGUUCCAUUACCCGAGUCAUCUGUCCUUGCGCCCCUCGACGUCAUCAUCCUCCUCGACAAUCUCCCACAGGCCCUGACACAAUACAAUCUGGCAUCCUCCAUACUGGCCAAGAACACAACUCUUAAUUUGGAUCGAAUUGCCGUGGGCUACGUGGAUGGGGAGGCAACCAACUCUUUUCAGUUGUUGCUUCCACUGGGUUUUCACUCCGUGGACGAUGUCCGAUCUGCCUUGAAUGUGUUCGCCAACCGCGCGCAGACCAAAGACUCAACGCCUCCUAUCCGGGAGGCUAUCCAGCAAGUGUCCAAAAUUUUCAGCUCCUGCUCCAGAACCGCCCUCUGCCACAUUUUCUUCAUCACUGCAACACGCUAUCCCGGCCUAGAAGUUCCUUGGGUUGAUCAAGCUAUUGGCUUCCACACUAUCACUCCUCACGCUUAUUUUCCCUUGAAGCAUGCCAACUCCCAGCCUGGAUGGCAUAUUCCUUAUGAUAUUGGCACCAGACAAACAAAAUACACUGGCAACCACUUUGUACGGAGAGUUGCCAGGGUGAUGCGACAUAUCCGUUGUGGCAUACGGCCCGGGGAGCUUUUGAAUGUCAAGGUUCUCUUGACCUCUGGAUCAGGGUGCCAGAUAGAGCCGACGACUAGUAUGUAUCAAAUCCCGUCGCUCCGCCCAGGAGAGACUUGGCGUCUUCCGAUAGACAUUGCUGUGCCCAAGGCAUUCCCGCACAAAUAUGAAGAAGAGCUUAGGGAAUUUCCCUCGUUGGUCAUGGAAUCAAUUGUCGGGAUCAACAAGUUCUUAGUGGGGUGGGCUGAAGAUGUCACUCAGCAAGUCCUCACAGUGCAUACUGAAUAUCGCCAUUCCCUUAUACCGUCGAAGGGUGUGGUCCGUCUUCAAAACCAUGUCACGAUUAUUCGCAGUCGGCACACAAGUCGGACCCUUGAGCAAAACUGGAGAGAUACGGGCAUGUCGGUCCAGCCUGGAGAGAGGUUCGUCCUGGAUCCGGCUUAG